UGUGACAGAAAGAUUGUGAGAGAGAGAGAGAGAGAGAGAGAGAGAGAGAGGGGAAGAGAGAGAGUGAGAGUGUGUAAUGGAGGUUGAAGCCGAUGGAAACUCAGAGUCUUUCAUUAAGAUUCCAGAGAUAAAGUUCACAAAGCUAUUCAUCAAUGGAAAUUUUGUCGAUUCCAUUUCAGGAAAAACAUUUGAGAGUAUAGACCCAAGAAGAGGAGAAGUGAUAGCAAAGGUAGCAGAAGGAGACAAGGAAGAUGUUGAGUUUGCAGUGAAGGCUGCCCGAGAAGCUUUCGACCAUGGCCCCUGGCCGCGCUUAUCCGGCUCUGCAAGAGGAAGGAUAAUGAUGAAGUUUGCAGACUUAAUUGAUGAAAAUGCGGAGGAACUAGCCGCCUUGGACACCAUUGAUGCUGGGAAGUUGUUUAGUUUGGGGAAGUCCCCAGAUAUCGCUCUAUCAUCAGGAAUUCUCCGUUACUAUGCAGGCGCAGCAGAUAAAAUUCAUGGAGAGACAUUGAAAAUGUCGGGGGAGCUUCAAGCGUACACGUUGCGUGAACCUAUUGGUGUUGUAGGGCACAUCAUUCCUUGGAACUUCCCAAGUUCCAUUUUUUUCAUGAAUGUUAGCCCGGCAUUAGCUUCUGGGUGCACCAUGGUUGUCAAGCCUGCUGAAUAGACACCGCUUUCAGCUCUCUAUUAUGCUCAUCUGGCU